AGAAGGAGAAGGGAGAGAGAAUGAAAUAAAUAAUAAAUAAAUAAAAAAAAAAAAAAAUUCAAAAUAGAAAACAAAAAAUAAAGCUUUCCUUCUCCGUGAAAGCAAGUGAAAUCAAAUUUUAAAUAUUCAUUCUUGUGUCUAUACAUUCUCCGAUUCCCUCGAUACUCGUCCUUUUCUUUCUCGUCGUUAAAUAAAUUGCGAGUGUAAUAGUGGUGAGAUUGCUUCGAGAAGUGACAACUAAAAAAAAAAAAGAAAAGAAAAGAAAAGAAAAGAAAAGAAAAGAAAAAGAAAGAGAAAAAGAGAAGGAAAGAAAAGGGAAGAAAAUGUGAUUGUGUCUUUAAUAAACGUAAACGUUGGAUAAAUUGACAGGAAGGUGUCCAGACAGAGAGAAAAAGGUAGAGCACGGGGUGGAGAAACGCAAAGGCGAGUUCAAUCUAGAAGGAUGUGGAUGCGAUCGAUCGGACAUCGCGUAAAACCAAAUAGUGGAAUGGUAGAUUGAGAUACAUAGAUAGAUAGUGAUAGAUAGACAGACAGACACACACAGAGAGAGAGAGAGAGAGAGAGAGAGAGAGAGAGAGAGAGAGAGAGAGAGAGAGAUAGAGAUAGAGAACCAAUAAGAUUUUCAAGCUCGGUGCGAAGGUCAGCACCUGAGAGAAGCGGAAAAGCGUCACGCGAGCGAAGCGGUGGCGUUUUCGUGCGGCGACAUCGCGUCCCGCCCAUUCGAGAUAGGUCAGACGCAAGGAACGAAGAACCAAGCGGUGGAACAAACGAACGGCAGAAUCAUUGACAUCGCGCUCCUUUUCGUCUUUCCUCUCGCUACACGACGACAGCUUCUCCUUCCUCUCUCCCCGCUCUUACCAUCAUCCUCCUGAGAGUUACGCACGGCGCCUUUCGGAGGAUCAGCAAUCAUCUUCCACUCAUUUACAAAGCUAUCUCUUAACGCCGUUAGAUCAGUCCCGUUGUAAUCAUAUAUUUCUAAAAGAAUCUUUUCUCUCUUAUCGUCGUCUUCGUCAUCGUCAUCGCCGUCGUCGUAUUCGUAUUCGUAUUCGUCGUCGUCGUCGUCGUCGUCGGGAAACAUUGUGAAAAAGUAACUCGAUAGAUCGGCCUCUUUUUCGCCACCACGUGAGGCGACACCCUCCCAUUCGUCGUCGUCGUCGUCGUCGUCGUCGUCGUCGUCAUCGCCGUCGUCGCUGCCUUCGCCUUCUCCUCCUCAUUAGAUAUAAAAUAGGAGAAGAAGACGAAGACGAAGUAAAAGAAGAGAAAUUUAUUUGGAAAAUUUGUCAACACCUUUCAAACUCGUUAGAGAAAAGGAAAAAGAAAGAAAAGAGAAAAAAGAAAAAGGAAAGGGAAAGAAAAAAAGAAAGAAAGAAAGAAAUGAAUUGAUAGUUAGACGUAAAGAGAAAGAUAAGAAGAAGAAGAAGAAGAAGAAAAAAAGAAAAGAGUGAGAAAGUGAUCGAUAGUGCGCGUAAAGAACAACAUCCGGCCGGUAUAUUUCGAGUUUCGGUCUUAUUAAAUAAGUGAGAAAAACGGCGAACCCGAUAGAUAUUCCAAGUUACGUCGGAAGUAAAGGAAUACGUGCACGAGAAUGCUGCGCUGCUGUGGCACUAAACGUCGUUGGACGAAUUCUUGAACAGACAUCGAGAUUACGUGGCCACGAAGGAAGGAAGGAUAUCGUCGUUUGGGUUGCGUCUCGCGUCCUCGUUGUCCUCGGCAACGAACAAGAGUGACACGCGCGAAACGCAAUACCGAUCGGUGCUUUCGCGAAUAUGAGCAUGACUCUUGUUCGGAACACAUACAAAGAUUGCAGCGAGGACGAAGCAGGUGGUGCGGACGUAGCGACGACGGUGACGACGGCAACCGAAGGCUGUACCGCUGAAGCCACGUCGGCCGUACUCGACGAGGAUGGCGGCGGUGGCGGUGGCGGCGGCGGCGGUGGCGGUGGCGGUAGCGGUGGCGGUGGUGGCGGUGGUGUUGAUGGUAGUGGUGGUGGUGGUGGUGGUGGUGGUGGUGGCGGAGGUGGCGAUGAUAACGAGGGAGGAUCGACGGUCAAACGAGGAAAUGGCCAAACUUGUUCCCACUGCGGCAUACUCUUCCGAGACGCGCACGUACUUCAACUUCAUAUCGAGGACGCUCACAAGACGCUUUACUCGGUCGACAAAAAUGAUCCAAACGCUCAAUUUUCCCAAGUUUCAUGCAAAGUAUGUAAUAAGACUUUCGCUAACGUCUAUCGAUUACAAAGGCAUAUGAUCAGCCAUGACGAAAGUGCAGUACUUCGAAAAUUUAAAUGUCCCCACUGUGAGAAAGCUUUCAAAUUUAAACAUCACCUUAAGGAACAUCUUCGUAUACACAGCGGUGAAAAACCAUUUCAAUGUAACAACUGCGGAAAAAGAUUUUCACAUUCUGGCUCUUAUUCAAGUCAUAUGACUUCCAAAAAGUGCUUAAUCGUAAAUUUGAAGAAAUCGAGACAAAGCAGUAUAAGUAAUGUUGAUAAAUGCUCGAAGAAAACCCCAACGCAAUCGGUUCCUGGACGACGUGAAGAUACACUUCUUGCGGCGAACAACAAUACUUUUUUACCGAUACUGCCAAAGCUUUCUCCUUCAGAUUAUCAAGAGAUACGAGAAGGCGGAGGUAUUUACGAUGUACCAAGCCUUCUACCCCAAAUGAUGGGCUUUAGUAGUUACUUCCUUCAAUCCUCAUUGGGAAAGAUAUUAAAUCAACUGCAUUCCAAGCGACUCGAUGAAGUCGCCGAACAAUUCGAAAAUCAUCGAGAAACGAUGAGCCCAUCGACAGCGGAUUCAGAGGGUACGGAAGGUACUGAAGGGAAGGAAUCACCUGCUCCGAUUGAAUCACAGGGCUUGGAUGUUGUACGACGUAUUUUGGAAACUGUCAAUACCUCUGUUACGAAGCAAUUAUUAGAAGCGAAUGUAAAAAAAUUGUCUACCUCACCGGCCACUAUGAAACGAGAAUUCGAAGACGAUUAUCAAGACCAGGAUAGCGAAGUAUCGAGCGAGAUGACCCAUUAUCCUGAUUGGUCAGUAACGGAUCAGUACGACUCACAAAGCGAAGGUUUGGCUGCUAAACUUGAAGAUGCUAAUCAGCCCCAUGGUAUUGUCAGGUUAACUUCCAAGAGGAAAGCCGAGGAUAGUUCCGAGCCGGAUUCCGAUGACGAAGAAGAUGGAAAUCAAACGCAUACAGAAAAUGGUAGGAGAGUGAGGGCGAGGUCAUUGAUAGACGAUGAACAAUUGGCUGUUCUCAAAGGUUAUUACGCUAUUAAUCCUAGACCAAAGAAAGAAGAGAUUAUUAUGAUAGCGAAUUACAUUAAUUUUCCAACUCGUGUCGUCCAGGUUUGGUUUCAAAAUUCUCGUGCCAGAGAUCGCAGAGAAUCGAAGAUACCAGCAUUGUUACCUCUUUCAAAUCCAGCUAAUCAAACUACGAUAGAACAACCUUUGGAUUUAUCAAAGAAAGAUGUCCUUACGAUAUCGCUCGUCAAAGAUGUUGAUACUUCCAACAGAAACGUUUCUUCGCCUUGCGAACAGAAAGAGGAUAAUAAUUCUACUGUUCCAAAUCAAGAUACGGACGAUCUCGAGGAUUCGCCUCUUAUUAUAGACGAAGAAAUUACCGAUUCUAUCGAUACGAAACGUACGCCUUCCACGGUCGACGUCUCGCAAAAGAAUCAAAAUCAUGGGAACGCAAAAAAGGAGAACGAGAAUCCAGUUCAAAUUGAACCGCCUACCACAGCAGAUACUGAACAAGGACUUUAUUUUUGUGAUCGUUGCGACAAGACUUUUUCAAAACAUAGUUCUCUCGCGAGACACAAGUAUGAACAUUCCGGGCAAAGGCCGUACAAAUGCGUGGAGUGUCCAAGAGCGUUCAAGCACAAACAUCAUCUAACUGAACAUAAGCGGUUGCACAGUGGCGAGAAACCAUUUCAGUGCUCUAAGUGCCUCAAACGCUUUUCUCACUCCGGCUCCUACAGCCAACAUAUGAAUCACCGUUACUCUUACUGUAAACCAUACAGAGAGUAAAUUUUCGAGCGUUCUUCGUCCUAUGUCCGCUUCGUUGGCCGAGUACGUACGGUUCUUACUCCAUUCAAACAGAAAAAUCGCAUUUAAAGUUUCUAAUUAAUCAAGUAUUACAUCCAUCGAUGUGUUUCUUUUUUUUUUUAAUAUUUUUUUUUUUUUUAAUUGUUAUUAUUUUUUUUUCUCUUCAAUCAAAUCAACGCGAAGAAAGGAAAGCCAUUGUGCUACGUUUCCUUUCGUUUAUUUUGAUUUUUGUUUUGCCAAAUCAUUUUUAAUAUUUCACGAGAAACUCUUAUUCUCGUAUUCCUGUAUUCGUUGUAAUCGUGCCACGAGGAGAGAACGAUACCAACCCUUGUUUGGGUUGGAUCGUUAUGUACUUGAGCUUUUCCAAGUUCUCAGCAAAAUCGUUCGAUACGCAACCAAAUUUAAUGAUAUAUAGGGAAAAAUUGCCAAUGAAUGUGCGUAUCGGCGAAUACGCUAAAUAAGAUAACGUAACGGUACCAAAAAUGCAUAAUGCAAUAAUCUCUCUCUAUACACAUAACACAUACACAUACACAUAUACGCACAUAAAGGUGUAUGUAUGUGUAUAUAUAUA